CAGCGGUUUUGCAGCGUGUCGACGGCUGAUCUGGCUGCGAGAGAGGUGCCUGGACCUGUAGCUGCCGAUUUCCAGCAUCAGCACUCAUUCCAUCUCUGACCGCAGCCUCUCUCUCGCCACUUCAGCGCCGCAUCAGCCAUGAAGACCUCGUCAUCCAUCGGCAGGGACACGGCAGACGCCAGCAGCAAGCUUGGCAGCAAGCCGGCAGACAAGAAUCUGAGCGACCGGCCGCUGCUGCUCAACGUGGGCGGCACACUCAUGGCGUUCCCCUGUGAUGUGCUGCGUGGGGAUGGCCUCGAGGAGACCUGCCUGGCGGUGCUGCUGAACCGAUUCGAUAGCUGGAUGAUAAGAGAUGCCGACGGCAUUCACUUCAUCGACGCAGACCCAUUCUACUUCACCUGGUGAGAGGGGAGGGCAGGGAAGCAUGCAUCGCUAAUCGCUGUUCGUUCUCUCAUCUCUGUGUGUGUCUGUGGUGUCAGGUUGGCUGUGAAGCUGCGUUACCUCCACUACAACCGCAUCGCCGUGACGGACAUCACUGACGGCUGCCCCUCGUUGGCCUUCUACCACGACCGCUUCAUGGCCCACACCGACCUGAGCAUUGACGCGCAGCCCGGCGAUGAGAACAGUGAGGCCUUCCGCGACUUCAUGGCCGUCAUGGGCCCCUUCAUCGACACAUCGGCGGGCGGCACGGGCGGCAGGGAGGUGCUCAGCGUGACUGUGGAUGACGGCCGCGUGGUGGCCACCACCGACGCCACGCUGGCCGACUACAACAUACUCUACGACCGAUUCACCAAGUGGGAAGCGACACAAGCAGAAAUCACAUGGUCGAUGCACCUGACCUCGGACCCACUUUGUACGUGUGCAGGUAUAGAGGGCCCGUUGUCGAUGUGUCUGCGACCAACCUCCACAAGUAACACCACACACACACAGCCAGAUGGAACACACUAUCUGUAUGUGUGUGGUGUUGUGUGGAAACAGGGUGGUGGAUUACGUUCGCCGCAUUCGGCUGGCCCCCGAUGGUGUCACGCCGUUGCCGAUGAGCACAUCGCCUGGCGAGCUGCUGUAUGCGUGUGAGAUGUACGGCCUCAUGGAGCGAGUGUACCUCUCGAUGAUCGGCAAACCACACAGCCACAUCAAAUGCAUCUUCAAGUGAGUCGGAAAGACCACACACAGCAGAGGAGAUGAGAGAAAGGAUGGACUCCCCGAUCUGUGCGUGUUUCUGUUGUGUUGUACAUCAGAGGAUCGCGUGACGGCGGUGAGCUUGAGACACUGCUGGAUCGCGUGACGGGUGCGCAGGGCGGCCUGCUGUUCGUCAUCGAGGAUGAAGAGCAGCACCGCUUCGCAUGCCACUUGGAGGGGUCCCUCAUCCCACCGACCGGCCCCACAGCAGUGCUGACCACCGGCUGCCCCGUGACCUUUUACUCCAUCAGCGGCCCAUUCAAUGAGGAGGGCAUCACCAAGAUCACGGUGCCCCACCACCAGCAGCGUGUGGUAGUCGCCGGUAAAGAGGCGACGGUGAAGACCGACGACACGGUGGUCAUCGGCGGGGUGGUCAUCGGCGGGUGGUCAUCAGUGCCGGUGCAUCACGGCAAGGUGGUCAUCGGCGGCGGCCGCCUGUGGCUGGGUCAUCGGGCGGGUGCACCGCCCCCGAACCCACGACGACGAGGGCCGACGGCUGGCGAUCUGCACAGCUGCCGCCAGUGGCUGACGAGGGGUGACCUGCCGUCAGGCAAGACGUAUGUGGGCAGCUUCCACCAGGGACGGGCCACUCUGGCCGGCAGCCAUGUCUUCACGGCACACCGACUGGAGGUCUACCAGGUCAGAUGGACUUUGAGGAAUACAUGGUUGUGUUGGGGCUGUAUGUGUGUGUGUGGGCAUUUCUGUGCGCCUGCAGGUGUGGAGCAUCCGUCCGGCCGACCCGAUCAUCCCUGCCGAUGAGCUGCAGGCCCUCGUCGACAUGGCGGCCAACACGCCCAUGGCCGCACAGCUGCUCUUCAAGUGAGUCAACCAUCACAUAGAGUGGCGGGGGAAGUGCACUUUCCGUCUCCUCUGUCUGUCUGUCUGUCUGCAUGUCAGGGGUUUGCGUGACGGCUGGACGUAUGAGGCCCUGUUCGCCAAGGUGGGCGAGGCGGCCAACCUGCUGCUCGUCAUCAAGGACACCGGCAGCCACACCUUCGCCAGCCAUGUGGAGGGACAGCUCAAGCAGCCAGCCGACCCCACAUCAACUCUGACCACCGGCUGCCCUGUGGCCUUCUACUCCAUCAGUGGUGCGUUCAAGGAGGAGGGCAUCACCAAGAUCACCGUGCCCCACCACCGGCAGUAUGUGUCGGUUGCAUGUGUCGGUUGCCGGCACAAAAGGAGCGAUCGUGGCUUACAGCGGUGUGUACCGCGGCAAGGUGGCCAUCGGUGGUGGCCGCCUGUGGGUAGGGGCCGAGAGGGGUGGGGCGGCUGGCGACCUUCGCCGCUGCUGCCAGUGUCUGCUGAUACGGGACCUGCCCGACGGCAGAAGGUACCGUGGCGACUUCACAACGCUGCCUGGGUACCCUGCCGAAAUGCCAGUGGCCACCCUGGCGGCCAGUCCAUGGUUCACGUGUGUCGAUUUGGAGGUCUACAGACUAGAGGAGGUCGGUCAGAUUCACACAGGAUAGAAGCAGGGGGGCAUAGCCGCGGGCAUGGCACACCUGUUUCCUCUUGUCUGUCUAUGUUGUCUCGUGUUUAUGUGUCUCCUGACAGGUGCCGUACAGUUGGCUGUGGCUGAGUGCGGCGGCGUCGCUGAUGGAGAGCAGACAGAGGGGCAUGGCCGCUCUGUAGAGAGAUCGGGAGGGCAGAUAUCGACCUACUCACGUGCCGAUAUAGUCCACACGACCCCACAUCUGUAGCUAUUGCUGUUGUAGCCAUUGCGUCGAGGCCCUCGUCUGAGCGGCCAGGUGUGCCUGUCUCUGUCUGUCUGUGGUCUUUUUCUCCUUCUUACUCUCUCUCUCUCUCUCUGUCUGUCCCUCCCUGUGCAUACGUCCGUUCUCUUCAUCCAUCCAUAUAUCUCCGUCUCUCUGUCUCCCUGGUGCAUGGCAUGCACUCAAUGCUUUGGUGCAUGGCAUGGAGUUGCGCUGCUGCGUGUGAUUGUGUGUACAGUUACUUCAGAAACAACAUGCGGCUAUCACACUACCCUCAGAGCU